AUGGCGCAAGAUGUGCUGCUGGCGCUGCCGGAGCAACUGCUUCUUGCCCAAGCGGUCCACCAAUCUGCCAAGCAUCCUCCCGACUGGAAUUAUGUAGCUGGGCUUAUUAUAUCGCACGGAACACGCACCGGCCCGCUUGCGGAUCCCAAUGAGUGCGAGAAAACGUGGCAAUCGCUGAUGCUGGAAUACAACAUUGUGGACUGCGCAGAAGCACCGUCGCUGCAUCGAUCCGAGGCGCAGCUAGCGCUUGCACAAUUAAUAUAUGCCACAUACCUUGCCAAUUUGCAAAGCGCGCUGGAGCAGAAAGCGCAUCGGUUGCAGGCGCUACGUAACGACAUGGAUGAUCUAACGUCUGGGAAGCGCGAUGCAACGCUGCGUGCAGAGCACCAUGUCUCUAUUGAAGAACCAUUGGGAGAGUCCUCCCAACACGAGCAAACACGGGGGACGCUGCGAAAGCGUUUGCGCGAAGAUACUGACGCCGCUUCCGACGAGGAGGAUGACGAGGACGAGCAUCUGCAGGUGGAGCAGGACCUGCUUGGUGAAGACCUGGCACCCAUAGCGCGGGACGAAGAACACGAACAUGCAUCCGCGGAAGGCUCGGGAUCCGUGACACCGUCGGCCCCGACGACCUACGGAUCGCGUGCUCGGCGACGAUCCGCGGCGAUCGAUGCACGCACACGCGUGUCAGAGCCCGAGGAAGAGCGCUCACGCUCGUCCUCCCCCGCACAGUGGCAACUGCAUCGAUCACGGAAUGCUUCUCUCGAGGAGCAUACCGAUACUCCUGCAGUGGAAGACACCCUUGUUUCGGAAGCGGAGCGCGACAAGUCGCGGCGGCGCAUUACGCAUAUACUGCUGAUGCUGCAUAACCAAGUAUCGAAUCAUACGCACGGGAAUCUCUUCCAUCAAGCGAUCAAGGAAGUAGAUGCCCCCGACUAUUACACACUGAUCAAGCAGCCCAUGGACCUGAAAUUGAUCAAGCAAAAGAUCAAGGAAGGCUCGAUUGGCUCGACGCUUGAACUACGGCGCGCGCUGAGUCUUAUGUAUGCAAACUCGCUUAUGUACAACAAACCUGGUACGGAAGUGCACCGUAUGGCGAACGAGAUGCGCAUCGCUACGGACGAGCUCUUUGACCAAUUCGAGCAGCCGCCCUAG